AUGUUUACUCUUGUAUCAACAAAACCCGCGUUGUUUCCAGCACUGGUUAAGAACAUCCUCAAAGAAAAACUCGAUUUUACGAUACUCCUCAAAGAAAAACUCGAUUUUACAGCGCCAGUUUCCUCGGAACGAAUCAAUAUUAAACUUACUUUUUUCACUAGGCUUACGAAUUAUACUCCUCGAAGAAAAACUCUGAUUUUACAACAUACACUCCUCAAAGAAAAGUUCGAUUUCAGGCACAUAACCCGAUGGUUUGACUCUGGUAUUUCUAAAGGAAAUAGCGUCUCUAAAUGUAUUUUGGCUCCUGGUAAUAUAAACUCCUCGCGCAUUUUUUUAGUAACCCCAAAGAAAGCGCGCGUGCUGAUGUUGUGACGUUUCGAUUUCAUGCACAGGAGCAUUGGAACAGGAGCGGCAAACUCGUUGCAUGAGCCUCCGCUUGAGUCUGCUUCCUGAAGCGGAUAAAGCAGCAGUAGCAACCUGCGCUCCUGACGAUUGAUGAAAAAUGCCUCCUUGUAAAUGUGCCCGCAAAGCUGGAAUAGUCCCUAAAAACCCAGCUGUUGUGGUGCGCUCGGGCUGCAGCUAAUCUGGAAUGUACAAUUGUAGUUGAACAGAAUUAUGGAUACGAGGUGCCUCGAGCAAGACUGCUGUGGACUCGAGAU